CGGGGCACAGGGCACGGCCCGUCGGUGAGCGUGCCCGGGUAACGGGGCACAGGGCACGGCCCGUCGGUGAGCGUGCCCGGGUAACGGGGCACGGCCCAUUCUGAAAGAGGUGUUGAGGAAAACCAAACAAAUUAAGUUUCUUCCUUUGUGUUAACAUCAAGACGGACAAGAAUAAGACCUACUUGGAAAUUGGAAUACAGUACAAAGUCUGAGAAACCUGAGCAACCUAUUGGACGAUAUCCAGUCCCAUAUAAAAAGGAUCUGCCAUAUGACAUUGUUGAACUGAUGGAGGAGGUAGAAACUAAGAGUGGUGUUUUGCCAAACAUAUUCAAGGUACUUUCCUGUCGACCUGUGGAAUUCCGGGUGUUCUUUGCAUACUACAAUGCCCUAAUGAACAAAGAAACAGGUUGUUGUGAACAGGCAGCUGGAUGAUCGGCAACAUGCCAUGUUGGAUUUUGCUCUUGCUGUGAGCAAUGCAGAAAACAUCAGUGAAGAUCAACUUAAAAAACUGGAGAUGCAUGAAUUUGACCGUGAGGAUGCUUGGGACAUUGCUGCAAUAACUGCGUUUUUCACAAUGUCCAACCGUCUAGCUCACCUUAUUGAUUUGCAUCCGUAUGAAGAAUUUUAUACACUGCGAAAAUUGCCCAGGGAGAAGGAUAAGAGUGAAGGAUGAGGGUGUUGGUGGCAAGGCCAGCAUUUAUUGCCCAGAGGCAGUUAACCACACUUGUGGAUCUGGAGUCGCAUGUAGGCCAGACAAGCGACCCACUGAAGAGAGCACACCAGCGGCCCAGUGUGAAGCAGGGGCAGGGGAAUGUGCUGGCUGCCAACAGCCUGAUGCGGAGUGUGCUGGCAGCAGCAGUGGCCUGGUGCAGAGUGUGGCGACAGCCAGCAGUCAAACCAUGUGGAGGUUCCCUGGGCUCGUCUGCUGUCGAGAGCCCUUGGAGACAGACUAUGAUGCGUAUAUGUAAUCUCUUGCCUCAUACUACCUAUUCAUUGAUUACUGUGUGGACCACGAGAACUGGAUAUUUCCCUUUCCACUCUAAGUUCCUCUGCAACUGAGAUGAGAUGCCCUGAACCCCGGUCUGAGGGGGUCGGUGUGGUGGCCCGGAACAGAGUGAGGAGACGCCAGAAACAAGGUGGUUGUGACGGUCGGUGUAUGUGCGCAGCCAGAGCUCCGGGGCCGCUAUGAGCGGGAAGACACCGCUGUCUCCGUCCCAGGAUCCAGGGCCGCCGACCCGCCGCUACCGCCCGACUGGUGUGUUCGCCUGGGUCCACGGCCGUUCGAUGGGCCGCGGCCUCGGGCCGCUGGUGGACCCCGGGCGGGAGACCUACUGCAUCAUGACCAGUCUGUACGGCUCCAUGCACCCCGCCGACUCGGUAACUCUCAGCACCAAGACCCAUGGAGCCGCCUUCAACCUGGAGUACUCACCUGACGGAUCUGUGUUAACAGUAGCAUGCGAGCAGACUGAAGUUCUUUUGUUUGACCCAGUUUCUUCAAAACACAUCAAAACUCUGUCUGAAGCUCAUGAAGAUUGUGUCAAUAACAUCAGGUUUCUUGAUAACAGGCUCUUUGCAACAUGCUCUGAUGAUACUACAGUAGCAUUGUGGGAUUUACGUAACCUCAACUCAAAAGUCUGCACGCUGCAUGGCCAUACUAGUUGGGUGAAGAACAUUGAAUAUGAUACAAAUACAAGACUGCUGGUAACAUCAGGAUUUGAUGGGAACGUAAUUACAUGGGACACAAAUAGAUGCACAGAGGAAGGCUGUCCACAUAAGAAAUUUUUCCACACCCGCUACCUGAUGCGAAUGCGUUUAACACCAGAUUGUUCAAAGAUGCUAAUAUCAACAUCAUCUGGUUAUCUUCUAAUUCUUCAUGACCUUGAUUUAACCCAAUCAUUGGAAGUUUCUAACUAUCGCAGUUUGAGAGGCAAGCGUUCUGCUUCAAAUACAGAUUUAACCAUGUCGUCUUGCAGCUUACCUGGUUUACGAUCACAACAUCAUCAAAUAAGCACAAAGCAGAACUCUGAAAAAGACCCAUCACAGUCUUGUGUUCGGAUGGAGAGAGAAGCUGAAUUUCCAAGAAAUAGCCUUGAAGUUUUAACACCAGAAAUUCCUGCAGAAAGAGAUCGAGGGAAUUGUAUCACAUCAUUACAACUGCACCCCAAAGGCUGGGCUACAUUGAUUAGAUGCACUAGCAUCACUGAUGACCAAGAGUGGACGUGCAUCUAUGAGUUUCAGGACGGGCCUCCAGUUCGUGCAUCUGCCCCUCGUUGUUCCCUCUGCCUUACGCACUAUAUUGAAGAGGCUAAUGUGGGUCGUGGUUACAUUAAGGAACUUUGCUUCAGUCCAGAUGGCCGACUGAUUUGCUCACCUUUUGGUUAUGGAAUCCGUUUGUUGGGUUUUGAUAGCAGGUGCAAUGAACUCUGUGAUUGCUUACCCAGAGAAGCCAGUACACUGCAGGAAAUCAGAACUAUUUAUUCUCAUAGUGAUGUUGUGCUUACAACGAAGUUUUCACCAACUCAUUGUCAGCUUGCCUCUGGGUGCCUUAGUGGACAAGUUUACCUAUACCAGCCAAAGUUCUGAGUGACCUGAAAUACUUACAAGAAGUGUUGAACAUCAAGUAAAAGUAAAGUAUUUCAAUAAUUAGUAAUUGAUGUUUAAAGUAUUUGAUGUCAGGGUUUAAAAAUCCAAAUUUAACAGGUUUCAGUGCAAUAUAAUAAACCAUUAAUUCUCAGCAUCAGCUGCAGAAGUACAUACUGUUUCUUCUCUUACAUUUCCUAUAAAGGAUGAUCCUUCCCUCUGCUAUUAAUGUGAGUUAUAUCAGUGCUUUGUAUGGUAAGUUUGUUUGCUUGUUUUUGUACAUGUAAUCUUGAAAAAUGCUGUUCAUUUAGUGAAAAGCCAAAUGAGUUUAAAAGCACUGUUGGUCCAUUCAUAAACAUUACGUUUCUUCAGCUUGUAUUAUAUUCAGCUUCUGUUUUUGUUCAAUUGCGAUGCUAGCAAAAAAUAUUUGUUGAUUUUUCUAUACAUAUUGUGUAACAGUGGAAUUAAAUUAUUUAAAUUCAGAUGCAAACGUACAUUGUGUUUGACAUGAAAGUUUACCUUACCAGACAUUGAAUUGGAACAGCUAGAGGAUGCAUGCAACUAACAUUAUACAUUGACAUCAAAUCCAUACGGCAAAGUGUCAGUCAACUUUUAAUAAAGUAAUUAGCAUGA